AUGGACGAAUCAUUCAUUCCUUACCGCCGCGCCGCUUCCUACCUGCUCCAUCGAUUGAAGGAGGAAGGCAUCGCACUGCCGGUUCUGGGAGUCAUUUGCGGUUCGGGGUUGUCAGGACUCUCGGACACAUUGGAAGGCAAAAAAUUGCGCGUCCAGUAUGGAGAUAUUCCUGGAUUCCCAGCGCACUGUACCGUGGCAGGACACAAGGGUGAAGUCGUCUUUGGAUGCCUCAGUGGUGUCCCCGCCAUGUGCUUUCGAGGAAGAUUCCACUCGUACGAAGGACAUCCCAUGAAGACGGUUGUAUUGCCCGUAUACGUCAUGAGAUGUCUCGCUGUCAAGGUGGUCAUCGUCACCAAUGCGGCUGGAGGACUCAACAGCAAUUACAAAGUCGGCAAUGUCGUCUGUGUCUCGGAUCAUUUGGCCAUUCCUCAGUUGGCAGGAAAUAACCCUUUGGUAGGAGCCAAUGACCCGGAACUUGGACCUCGAUUUCCAGCUACCAGUAAUGCCUACCCGAUCAGCCUUCGUCGAUGUGCCCUCAAUGCCGCCAAAGAACUCAAGUUUAACUUUGUGGAACCACAUGGCACCUACUGCUUUGUGUCGGGGCCAAUGUACGAGAGCAGGGCCGAAUGUCGAUUUUUGAGAUCGCUCGGAGGAGACGCCGUGGGCAUGUCUACCGUGCCCGAAAUUGUGGCCGCCCAUCAUUGCAAUAUGCAAAUCCUUUGUUUGUCUCUCAUUACCAACAAGGUCGUCAUGGCGGGAGAUGAAGAUGAGUCGGAUCAUGGGGCUGUGGCCAACCACGCAGAAGUCUUGGAAGCAGUACAGCAACGGGCCAAGCAGGUACAGGCAUUGGUCAAGAAAACAGUGGAAACUAUUGGACGCGACAUUCUACCCUCCUUGCCCGAAUUGCCCCAAGUUUCAUUGGAAAUUCCUGUCACGAGCAGUACCACUAUCGACACCAGCGAUGGUCGCAAGUCUGCUGACAUGUCGACUACAGCGUUGUUGGGAGCAGGAGCCAUGUUGGUGGCUGCGGGUGCCAUGUUAGGAAUGACUUUGGCACGGCAAAAGUAG